UCCCUUCAACGCUUCCCCCUCCUCUUCCCCCUUCCUCCGCUACAACCAUCCCCUAUCACCUGCAACGCCUUCCUCUACCUUGCCCUCUAUCCAAGGGGAACCGUUUCUCUCCCCCUCGAUCUGGAGCUCCCCAACAUCAAUUCCCAUGACUGGUGUUGGUCAGCCAGCGUCCACGCCUUCGUUUCCCACUCCCAUGGCCACCACCACGGUGCUCCCCUUCCCGGCGUCGACCAGGCACAAGUCCGGUGAUGGAGCCCUCACGGGGAACAUCACGACGACGCUAAUCACGAACUGUGCAUCCGCAAGACGAGCCUAUGAGCUCCAUGGCACGACAGAGUGCGUCCUACCCAGUCUACCGGUCCUGAGGUGGAGGUCCAGUCGGGCAGAUCUACUCUAUGCUCGUCAUCGAGAUGCAACACCUCCGCCUCACACACGCAGAAGUCGAUGCGCUCGCGGUCAUGGCCAGCUCGGAGCCUGUCUAGGCCCUAGCUAGCCUACCAGCCAUCCUCGUCCUCCCCUCCCUCAUCCCUCUCAAGAUGAACAUCCAGAUUACUGAAUCAACCUUGUCAGUUCUAUUUGCAAAGUUUCUCAAAUAAAGCUGAAGAUCUUUUAUUGUA